AUGAUGCUCAAAACAAGUGGAAAAAGCUGUCGAAAAAUAGUUCCCGGUAUUUACAAUUUCCCAAGAUCAAAAUUUAGUACUAAACAAUCGCCAAUUACGUCUCAUUCGUAUAUAGAUGAUGAUUUCUUAUCGUUGAACAAGGAAGAAAUUGCAAGCCAUGUGCAAGAUUUGGGGCCAUAUCCGUCAUAUUCAAAUAUCUUAAAUCAACAUCACUUCUAUCAGAAUGAGGUAUUAAUGAAAUACCUGAGAAAGGAUCCCCAUCCUGUGUCGCUUCGGCAAUUGGCAGGCUUUGGUAAAAAGCUCAGCAAGCAAAAGAUAGUACAUAGUGCCAAUUUCGUGAGACUUGAAUUGCCUAUAAGAUUGGCAAUGAGAAUCAGAGAUUUGCAGACGUUACCGUUUGGUAUAGCUAAUAAUUUUCAUUUGGGUCAAAUAUAUGAAAGUUACUAUCAUCUGUUUAAUGCAUUUAGAAAAAUUCCGCCUAUUAAUACGCUAGAAGAUAAUGACAGAUUUUGUGAAACCCUUUCUUUUUUAUUGGACGACCAUAUAUUCAACUUGUCGCAUUUAAUGAUGGGGGCAUUAGAGGUUUCUAUUUUGACCAAUUUCCCAAGGGAAGAAUUGGAUAAGUUUAUGAGUACUAUGAUCAGAUCGCGGAUUAGUAGAAGAGUUAUUGUCGAAGAGCAUUUAUCGAUGACUGAGAAUUACCGGUCGCUGCCCAACUCGAGCAAACCUCCUGACUAUAUUGGUGAACUUUUCCAAACAUGUAAAGCCAGUGAUAACUUCCAAGAGGUGGGUGACUUGAUUAAAAACUCAAUGCUUGAAUUUUAUCCUAAUAAAGAGAAUAUGCCUGAUUUGGAAAUCGAAGGUGACGUAGAUACAAGCUUUCCUUUCAUGGUGCCACACUUGCAUUAUUUGUUUGGGGAAAUCUUGAGAAACUCCUAUGAGGCAGUUAUAAAUACCCACAAAGAGAAAACAUCUAGAAAACUACCACCAAUCAAGAUCACAAUUAUUGACUCAAAAAAGCAUGUUCUUUUCAGAAUCUCCGAUCAAGGAGGUGGUAUGACACAUGACAAGUUAUCAGAUGUUUGGUCCUUUGGGAAGGGCUCUGAAUUUGCCAGAAGAAGCUUGGCCAAUUUUCAUAGAAUUCCCGGUUUACAAUUAUAUUCAAACUUAGAAGUUACGGCAGCUGGCUCCUCCGUCAUUAAAACUCUGGAAAAUGAUAAUUUCCUAGAACAAACAUCUUUGGGAAACAUUUCUCCAAAGACUAAAAAGUCCACUUUGGACAGCUUAAUUAUCAGACCUCAUGAAUAUAAGUUAGGCUUAGGCUUGCCAAUGUGCAAAAUUUAUGCCGAUUACUGGAAUGGUAAUUUGCUGAUGAAUUCCUUGGAGGGUUACGGUAGUGAUACCUGUCUUACUUUAAGUAAGUUGGGUUUCCAUUCCAAUGUUAUUCAAUUAGAUAGAGCAUAG